UUUUGGAAAAUUAAUUAGAUAGUCUGACCUGAAACUGUCAGUAUUAUUCUGGGUCUCCAUGUUGCGGAUAUUUAUUGACAAAUUGCCCUUGAUAAAGGGAGGCCAUACGUGGAGCAGAUGUGUCUAUUAUUUACAAAUAAGUUCAAACAGAACAUUCUCUAAAAAUACAAACUCAGAAUUCAAUGAAGGAAUCAGUAGAUUUUCCGAAAACAAUGAAAAUGUUAAGAACAUCAACCAAAGAUUGGCUCCAAAACCUGACAUGCAAAAGAAAGAAAUAUCAAAAGAGCCAAUAAGCAAAACAAUGGACAGAAACCCAGAGGAGUUGUACCGGCGUUAUUUUUUGAGACCAGACCAGCCUGAAAACCCUCACCUUCUGAGGGUAGCGAUCAUCGGAGCACCUAAUUCUGGCAAGUCUACGUUAAUCAACACCCUCACGGGCUGGAAGCUGAAUUCUGUAUCAGCGAAAGUACAUACAACAAGACAAAAUGCGAACACAAUGUUUACCAUGGAAAAUACCCAGAUUAUAUUUGUUGAUACCCCUGGAGUGCUCAGUAGGAAAGAAAAAAACAGGCAUUAUUGUGAAGGAAAAAUGUUGUCAGAACCACAGAGAGGAGUUGAGGAGGCCGACGUUGUUGGUGUUGUGGUGGAUGUAUCAAGCAAAUGGACACGGAACCAGCUGCACAAUGAAAUAUUGAAAGUGCUGUACCUGCAUAGAGAUGUCCCAUCUUUUCUUAUCCUAAACAAGAUAGACGUCUUAAGAAACCAUCACUUGACAAGGCAGCAGAGAUUAUUGCUGGAUGUUACGAGAUGUUUAACAGAUGGUAAAGUUGGCGGCAAAAAAUUUGGGAGAUCAAAAAUUGAAAGACUUGGACAAAAGAAACCUGACAAAUUAUUUGAAUUGCUAGAACAGAAAUAUGGAGCUCUAAAAAACAAACGUUUGAAAAAUGUGAGCAAGAGGAGUCAUAAAAAAAUUGAAAUUGAUUCCAGUCAAGAUUUGGCAACACAAUUUAGUGAGAUUACCAAAACAGAAGUGAGUAAAUAUCUAACUACAUGGUUACAAGUGGAUUUUAAGGCGAGGGGAAAGGAGGCUAUAAAAGUGGAUAGGUCAACGAAACCUGAACCUGUGAGAGAAAUUGAAAAAGAUGUUGUAGAAGGGAUACACAAAGAGAAAUUUGAUUCAAAGGCAGUGCAAAAAAAAAUGUUAGGAAUAUUUAAUCAGUUCCAUAAAAUAGACGAAACAGAAGAUGUAAUAAGUGAACAAGGAAUGUCUUCAGCAGAUGUUGAACUUACUGACGAUGACACUGGUGAAUUAAUAGAUAGUUCUUCUGAUAUUGUUGAUUUAAUGAAUAAUUCUUCCAAUACUGGUGAAUUAAAGAAUGAUUCUUUGGACACUAGUGAAUUAAAGAAUAAUUCUUUGGAAGAUUAUGCUAAUGUGGUGAUGUCAUCUGCCUUGAAGGAGGAAGUAGGUGAAACUGAAAAUGUAAAUACUGUGAAGGGUGAAGAUCUUGAUAGAGAAGUGGAGAAUAAGCUAGAAGGAACUUAUCUAAUAACAGAGUGUGAGUUAUCUGAACUUGAGAAAGGUGAGUUCAGUGAAGACAAAUCUGACUCGGAAAUUGUAAAAAAUGAAUUUGAAGAGUCAUAUCAGUCCGAAUUUUUAACUCGUAUUCUCUCGAGACCGCAUGAAUUUUCUACCGAUGAAGAUGAAGCUAGAAAAGACGAAGAACAAAGGAGGGAUAAGUUAGAAAUAUCGGAAGAAGUUGAGGAGCUUAAAAAAGCUAUUGAGGCAGUCAAAGACAAAUAUGGUUGGCCACGUUUUGAUGCGGUUUUCCCAAUCUGUGCCUUAGAUGGACAGGGAAUAGAUUCAUUAAAGGAUUACUUGUUUAAAAUGUCGAAACCAGGGGAUUGGAUUUUUCAUAGCAGUGUUAUUACGGAUCAGCAUCCUUGGGACUUAGCAAAGCAGUGUGUUAUACAGAGCUUUCUAGAUCAUGUGGAAGGUUAUAUGCCAUACACUUUCAGACCGGAAAUAGUAUAUUGGGAUGUUGAUGAGCACAACCGUCUGAAUGUAUCUAUGGAAAUUUUUGUAUCAAACAAAUUCGAAAUGAGAAUAAUCUUGGGUAAAAGUGAAUCGAGGAUCUCGUCUAUAACAGCAGGUGCCCGCCAGGCUCUCAUGGACACGUUUCAGUGUGAAGUUCGAUUCAAACUGGCCAUUAGAGUGCACAAAAAGAGAGGCUCUAAAUAACUUUUCAUAUGUGUCAAGAGAAAAAAAAAUGAUGUUAUUAAAUAUAGAAUUGAACAUUUAAUUAUUUUCUUGUACUUCUUUCUUGGAAUGUACAAUGUAUACCCAGAUAGAGCUCUGUCUUUGUGCAUUUGAGAUAUAAAAAAAGAAGAAAAAUGUAUGCUUUUAAAGUUGCCCUGGGACAAAAAAAUACUGAGAUAGGCAACUUGCGCUUUCUUAUCGGUCACUAUCUUGGUGUUGAAUUGAAAUUAAGCGAUCAGUAUUAUUUUCUGCCCCAGAGUUAACAGUUUAAUGAAAUAUUUCAUUUCUUAUUUUUAAAAGUAAUAAAAGUGUAAUUGUCUUUGUUUCUGCAAAACUUUAUCAUUGAAUUUGCAGAUCCAAUUUAUGAAAUAAAAACCAAUUUAAACAAUCGGAAUUAUUUUAGAUUUGUCUCCUAUGUACUUGUAGAGUUUCUUUUCUAACGGGAACCUACUAUGAAUCAUUUUACAAGGUCUCCUGAGUUAAGGGCAUCUUGGACAUCUAUUAUUAUACUUAAUGUAAGUCAGCUGUUACAGGAUAUAAUAAAAUUAUACUUAUUUUAUAAAUCUCAGCAUUUACUUACUAUUUGUCUACAUGUACAAAUUUUGUAGCUAUGAUGGACAAUAAUACGUACCUGCUGUGUGUUUUCAUACUGAUGUGUUUGAAGUUCAGAUGCGAAGUUUGGACAGAAAAGGUCCAGUAGUUGCGAUUGAACCAAUAAAAAUGCCUGUGUCAAAUUUGGUCUGAAGCACUGUAUAAAAUCCCCCCACACACACACACACAAAAUUGUUCAAAAACUGUAAAAAAAAAUGGUAAAAGUAAAAUUCAUCUGGUGAAAAUUAUUAUUUUUAUUAUAAGUGGCAGUGUUUUAAACGCUGAAGUCAAAUAACACAAAAAUGUAAUGAAAAGAAUUUGUCAAUAAAUUAUUGAAUUCAG